AUGGAUUUUGUUUACGGGAAGAUUAAAUUAGGAAAAGAAGAAAUUAUGAAAGCUUUGGGUAAUCAAGAGAAAGCUUACAAGCCUAUUAUAGAUAUCAUAACCAACAAGAUGAAAGGUAAGCUAGAUUCAAAAUUACAUCUGGCUGCUUAUCUUUUGAAUCCUUAUUAUCAUUAUAAGGAUUCACAACUCCACCAUGAUCACGACAUAAUGGAUGCGGUUCUUGAAUUUUUUGAUACAUUACUUUUUGAAGAUUUGGAGAUGCAAAGACAAGUCGUGACUAUUGAAUUGCCAAAGUAUAAGGAAAAAGUUGAUAGAUUUGGAGUGGAGCUUGCAUAUAAAUCUUGUAUGUCGAACGAUGCCGACUUUGAUCCAGCAAGAUGGUGGGGACUUUUUGGUGGCUCAAGUCCUCAUUUGACAAAGAUUGCAAUGAGCAUUCUUUCUUUAACUAGUAGUUCAUUGGGUUGUGAAAGGAAAGUGAGCACGUUUGAAGUGAGAAAAGAUAGGACUUUAGAAGUGCUUUUAGCAAAUGAUACUCACUCGGGUCAAGAAUGGAUUGUUGAUUGUAAUGAUUGUGAUGUAGAUGAAGUUGACCCAAAAUCAAUUAUGGAAUCGGCUAAUGAAGCUCUCGGGACUAAUGAUAAUCAAGCACCCCGUCAAAAUUCAACAACUAGAGAACUUUUUGAUGAAGAUUUCGAGUCCGAGAAUGAGAAGCAAGUGUUUGAAGAAGGUGAAUAUGAAUUAGAUGGAGUUCAAAUAUUGGAAGAAGUCAGAGGAGAUUAG